UUGGGGACAGGAGCUUUAGGCACAACUGCCCAGAGUCGCAUAGGCGACUGUCGUCAAGUAAUGUCUCAUUCCAAGGAGUCAGAUGAACUUAUUUUCUUUGUGAAUGGAAAAAAAGUCAUUGAGAGGAAUGCAGACCCUGAGGUUAACUUACUGUUCUACUUGAGAAAAGUCAUCCGACUCACAGGGACAAAGUAUAGCUGUGGAGGAGGUGACUGCGGUGCCUGUACCGUGAUGAUCUCAAGAUACCACCCCGUCUCCGAAAAGAUCAGUCAUUUCUCUGUCGCUGCCUGCCUGGUCCCCAUCUGCUCUCUCCAUGGGGCUGCUGUCACUACAGUUGAAGGCAUUGGAAGCACCAAAACCCGGAUUCACCCUGUCCAGGAACGGAUCGCCAAAGGCCAUGGUACCCAGUGCGGGUUCUGCACCCCGGGCAUGGUGAUGAGCAUCUACACGCUCCUGAGGAGCCACCCAGAACCCUCCAUGGAACAGAUCAUGGAAACCUUGAGCGGUAACUUAUGCCGCUGCACUGGAUACAGAGCCAUUGUGGAGAGUGUGAAAAGUUUCGGCCCUAGUUCGUCUUGCUGCCAGAUGAAUGGGAGAUGGAAAUGUUGCUUGGAUGAAGACAAAAAUGAGCCGAAGAAAAGAGCCAGUCUUUGCACCAAAUUGUAUGAAAAAGAAGAAUUUCAGCCGUUGGACCCAACUCAGGAGCUUAUAUUUCCACCUGAACUAAUGAGGAUGGCAAAGGAUCCCCAAAAGAGAGCUCUGACUUUUCGUGGGGAGAGGACUACUUGGAUUGCCCCAGGAACCCUAAAGGACCUUUUGGAGCUGAAAAUGAAGCACCCCAGCGCUCCACUUGUGAUAGGCAACACCUCUCUCGGGCUUGCUAUGAAGUUCAAAGAUGUUUCUUAUCCAAUUAUUAUCUCUCCUGCAAGGAUCUUGGAAUUAUUUGCAGUGACCAAUACAAAGGAAGGCCUGACACUGGGCGCAGGCCUCAGCCUGACCCAGGUAAAGGACAUCUUGGCCGAUGUGGUCUCCAGGCUCCCCAAGGAGAGGACACAGAUGUACUGUGCUCUCCUCAAGCAUCUGAGGACCCUGGCUGGGCAGCAGAUCAGGAACAUGGCUUCCAUAGGUGGUCACAUUAUCAGCAGACAGCCGACCUCUGACCUCAACCCUGUUCUGGGUGUAGGCAAUUGCAUCCUCAAUGUUGCUUCAACAGAAGGAACACAGCAAAUUCCUCUGAAUGAUCGUUUUCUUGCCAGACUACCAGGUGCAAGCCUGAAGCCAAACCAAGUGCUCGUCUCAGUUUUUGUGCCCCUCUCCAAGAAGUGGGAGUUUGUAUCAGCUUUUAGACAGGCCCCGCGUCAUCAAAACGCCCUUGCAGUGGUGAAUGCCGGGAUGCGAGUCGUUUUCAAAGAAAACACAAGCACUGUUACAGACCUGAGCAUCUUAUACGGAGGAAUCGGCACCACUGUAGUCAGCGCAAAUAAAUCCUGCCAGCAGCUGAUCGGAAGGUGCUGGGAUGAAGAGCUGUUGAAUGAAGCCUGCAGGAUGGUUCUAGAAGAAAUCUCCCUGCCGCCGUCAGCCCCUGGAGGAAUGGUGAACUACCGAAAAACUCUUACCACCAGCUUCCUCUACAAAUUUUACCUGGAUGUGUUGAGGCAGUUAAAGAUGAGGGACCCCUGUAGAUACCCUGACAUCUCCAAGAAUCUCUUACGCAUCCUGGAAGACUUCCCUUUGACCAUGCCUCACGGGAUGCAGUCCUUUAAGGCUGUAGAUUCCCAGCAGCCUCUGCGAGACCCAGUCGGACGCCCCAUCAUGCAUCAGUCUGGCAUUAAACACGCCACAGGGGAGGCAGGGUUUUGCGAUGAUAUGUCUGCCUUGGCGGAGGAACUCUUCCUGGCUGUGGUGACCAGCAGCAAGCCGCAUGCAAGAAUCAUCUCCCUUGAUGCUUCUGAGGCCUUGGCAUCCCCUGGUGUGGUUGAUGUGAUCACAGCUCAAGAUGUUCCUGGUGACAAUGGCAGAGAAGAAGAAAGCCUGUAUGCGCAGGAUGAGGUCAUCUGCGUGGGUCAGAUCGUCUGCGCUGUGGCUGCUGACUCCUACGCUCAUGCCAAGCAGGCCACAAAAAGGGUGAAGGUCCUGUAUAAAGAUGUGGAGCCCGUGAUCGUGACGGUUCAGGAUGCGCUGAGGUAUGAGUCAUUUAUUGGACCGGAGAAAAAGCUAGAACAAGGAAAUCUUCAGUCAGCGUUCCAGUGUGUUGACCAAAUCCUCGAAGGGGAAGUACACUUUGGAGGCCAGGAACAUUUUUACAUGGAGACUCAAAGCGUACGUGUGGUACCCAAGGCAGAGGAUAAACAGAUGGACAUAUACGUGUCAAGCCAGGAUGCCGCAUUUACACAGGAAAUGGUGGCUCGCACCUUGGGCAUCCCAAAGAAUAGGAUCAACUGCCAUGUGAAAAGGGUUGGUGGCGCCUUCGGAGGGAAAUCAAGCAAGCCCGGGCUCCUGGCAGGUGUGGCAGCCGUGGCUGCACAUAAGACUGGCCGCCCAAUCCGUUUUAUUCUGGAACGUGGAGAUGACAUGUUGAUAACCGGAGGCCGCCACCCACUCCUAGGGAAAUACAAGAUUGGCUUUAUGAACAAUGGGAAAAUCAAGGCAGCCGACAUUCAGUUUUACAUCAACGGAGGCUGCACUCCAGACGACUCUGAACUGGUGAUAGAAUAUGCUUUGCUCAAACUGGAAAAUGCGUACAAGAUCCCCAACCUCCGCGUUCGAGGUCGCGUCUGUAAGACCAACUUGCCGUCUAACACAGCAUUCCGGGGAUUCGGCUUUCCCCAGGGGGCGUUUGUAACGGAAACCUGGGUGUCUGCCGUGGCAGCCAAAUGUCACCUGCCACCAGAGAAGGUCCGAGAGUUAAACAUGUACAAAACCAUCGAUAGGACAAUUCACAAGCAAGAAUUUGACCCGAAGAAUCUGAUAAGGUGCUGGGAGACGUGUAUGGAAAAUUCUUCCUACUACUGCAGGAAAAAGGCAGUGGAUGAGUUUAACCAGCAGAGUUUUUGGAAGAAGAGAGGCAUUGCCAUCAUUCCCAUGAAAUUCUCGGUUGGAUUUCCAAAGACAUUUUAUUACCAGGCUGCCGCUUUGGUCCAAAUCUACACUGAUGGGUCUGUACUGGUUGCUCAUGGCGGUGUUGAACUGGGACAAGGAAUAAACACCAAAAUGAUACAGGUGGCCAGCCGUGAGUUAAAGAUACCAAUGUCGUACAUACACCUGGAUGAAAUGAACACCAUGACCGUCCCCAACACAGUCGCCACUGCAGGCUCCGUCGGUGCUGACGUCAAUGGGAGAGCUGUUCAGAAUGCCUGUCAGAUCCUCAUGGAGCGCCUGGAGCCCAUCAUGAGCCGGAACCCUAAUGGUACCUGGGAGGAGUGGGUUAAUGAAGCUUUCAUUCAAAGCAUUAGCCUCUCCACCACUGGAUAUUUUAGGGGCUACAAAGCCGACAUGGACUGGGAGAAGGGAGAAGGUGACAUUUAUCCCUAUUUUGUUUUUGGAGCUGCUUGUUCCGAGGUUGAAAUCGACUGUCUGACAGGCGCUCACAAGAACAUUAGAACAGACAUUGUUAUGGAUGGAUCUUUCAGUAUAAACCCUGCUGUGGACAUAGGCCAGAUUGAAGGGGCAUUUGUUCAAGGUCUUGGGCUUUACACGCUAGAGGAACUGAGAUAUUCACCUGAAGGAGUCCUUCAUACCCGUGGUCCAAACCAGUACAAAAUACCUUCAGUUACUGAUGUCCCAGAAGAGUUCCAUGUGUCACUGCUGACGCCAACCGAAAACCCAAAAGCCAUCUACUCUUCCAAGGGCCUCGGCGAAGCGGCAAUGUUCCUGGGCUCUUCCGUGUUCUUCGCUAUUGCUGAUGCUGUGGCUGCAGCUCGAAAGGAGAGAGGUUUGCCCCCGAUUUGGGCUAUGAACAGCCCUGCGACAGCAGAACUAAUUCGAAUGGCCUGCGAGGAUCAGUUCACCAACCUGGUUCCACAAACAGAUUCUAAAUGCUGUAAGCCGUGGUCCGUCCCAGUUGCCUGAUUCUUGGGGUUCAAGCA